AUGGUAAACACAAUCGUUACGUUUGGAAAUAAUCGAGUUUCAUCAGUUGCACCACUUCCUAUAGUGAUUAAAACUGAUAAAAAAUCAUCUUUACAACGACAAAUUUAUUUAAUUAUUGGAAUUCUAGUACUUAUCAUUAUUGUGAGUCCAACAAUAUUAUCAAUUGAAAAAGAUCCAGAUGAUUUUUCUUUUCAUAUACUUUUCAUUGUUCAUGCAAGUUUUCUAUUAUUAUUUUUCAUUUCAAAUACAAUAUAUAGAAAUAUUGGAGAUGGAAUAACAAUAAUACCUAGUCUUAGUCUUUUGGCUAUUUAUAAAACAGUUCAUUAUGUAAUUCGAUAUCGUUAUUGUCGAAUAAAUUCUCCAAAAGAUUUUCUUAUUACAACGAUUCAAUUAACAAUUAUUUUAAUAUUUGUUAUAACAUAUAUUCUUUGGACAUAUUUAUUAAUAAGAAAUAAAUAUCGAAAGAAAAUAACAAAAGGAGCAACAAAUUUUAUAACAAAACAAAAACGAAUAUUUUUCUCAUUGUUAAGUCUUAAUUUAAUGUUAACAAUUUCAUCAUUAAUUUUAAAUAUACGUAAUCAAGAAAAUUUUGGUUUAUAUGAAAUAAUUAUUCUCUCAGUUGGAAUACCAUUAAGUUUACUUUGGUGUACAAUAGGAAUAUUAAUGUCGAUGUUUCGAAAUUGUUUAUGCAUAACAUCAUUCUAUCUAUUGUCAAUGAUCCAACCAUUUCAUUUAAUUCAUUUGAUAUUUCAAACAAUAAAUGAAUUACAUAGUUUAUCAACUGAACAUGAAAUAAAUAAAUUUCUUCCUUUAUUAAUAAUUAUUUUUGUAUGUGUUAGUACAAAUUUUCUUGUUCAUUUAUUUACAACAAUAACUGGUUGUUGGAUGAUAUCAAAAACUGAUAAAACAAUUAUUAAUUUUCGUUGGUUAUUAGCAAAUAUUUGA